AAGGUUAACCAUAUUAUCAUUUUUCCUCACAAUAGCUUUUGCACAAGUCUUUCAUGGAGAAUUCUACAGUUCAAGCCGAGAAAAAGAAAGGUAACAAUGCCGUCAAUAGUUUGAAUGAUUUUGAGAUCAAUUUCUUGGAUGAUGAUUCUGAUGGAGAAAAAGAAGAAGUGGAUGAUAGAGUAUUAACUUCAGAGAAAGAUCUCUCAGACACCGCAUCUGUAACGUCGAAUUCAUUAUUAAGAGCUACCAUCUGUGAGCUGGAGCGAGCGUUGACGGACACGAGAAGGCUUCUAUUAGUACGAGACAAAGAGAGCGCUACUUUACGUCAAGAAUUAGAAAAAGCACGCAAAGAUCUUCACAGAGAGCAACAGGUGAGAAAAAAGCUUGAACGAGAGAGCGAAUCGAAGGAGGAGAAACGCCGUAAGGACGAAAACGAGAAAUCAAAAUUAACAGAGGAAAUCAAAGAACUAAAAGAGAAGCUGCGAGAAUUUGAAAAUCCGCAGCAAAGCAGCGAUCCAGAGGAGAUUGUACCUUGCUGUUCUUCUAUGCACGAGUUAGUUGAGCUGCAGCGUAAAUUGAAAGAAACUGAACAGCAUUUAGCAGAUUUUAAGGUAAACAACCAAUUACUGGGCAGCGAGCAAAAAAUUUUGGCCACGAUGCCACAGUUACCGAACGGAAGUGCAUCACCUAAGAAUCACAAACAGACUCAGAGAGAAAUGCAGACGCAGCUUAAAUUGAAAUUUCUACGAGAUGCUUUCUUCUACUAUAUGAUCGACUUCCACGCAGAUGAGCAGAUGAGGGCCAUUUUAGCAAUUCUGGAUUACGAAGACAGACGACAUGAUAUCAUCAUUGAAUCGCAUAAAAUGAAGAGACAGGGCAAAAAAUUCACUGUGACUGAGGUUUCUAGUAGGUCAUUGACAUUUGUGCAAGAGGAGAAACUUUAAGGAGGCUAUUUCACCGUUUUGAGCGUCAAGAUGAAAAGCGUUUCAGUAGAAUUAACGAUUGAAAUAGUCGAUUGCGGAGUUAGAUAAAAAGCGUUGGAUAAGAAUAAAUCAAAUAUGAGCCAAGGUGGUUAAUAUUAACGCGAAUUGCAAAUUCCAAUCGUGCUGUGAAAAGACUAAUUUCAGCUUAAAGGAGACCAUAAAUAUUAGUUUGGUAAGACAGGAAAAUAAAAAAGGGACAAAAAUAAUCCAAGAAGUAAUAAGGAUGGACAAGACUGACGCAGAUGUAAAGUUUGUCUUGCAAGAUAGAAAACCACAAGAGGGGCAAUAUUUAUGAGAAACCCAGAUGGAGGGGAUGGGGAAGAGUGGUGAAUUUACCACAUUAACAAUUGCAGACAGAAAACAAAAAUUAAUCUAAUUUCCCUCAAGUUGCACUGAAUGUGACAUCAAUCUUCAAAUAGUUAGCUUCAACUGACGUUAAAACUAUAACUUCUAGAGGUGUUGAACUUUUAAAUUCUCCCUAAAACCUUAUGGUGACGAGAAAAAGAGAAACUUAUCAACUAGAGGGUAAUAACUUGAUCUACCUCCAAAUUCUUAACUCACUUUCAAAGGAAAAGUAUGGAAGCAACAAGGGAGAAUUACUGAUCAGAUCUUGGGAGUUAUAGAGUUAAAACAAAUACACUUGUUUCUGAAGACAAUUUCACUGGAUUUGAAUCCCUUGAUAUGUUUAUCGACCUAUACUUGGAGGUGACUUAAAUAGACUUGAAAGAAGUCACACACUUCCAGAGUUUAAAACGUCAUGAAAACCACAACUGGAUACAAUUCAUGUUUUUAUCAUGGCAGAGUUAUACCCAGAAAGGUAACAUGUUUCAUAAAGAAGUACAUGUCUACAUAUCAUACUCCAAAGAACAAUUCUUUAAUGCAAAGUUAAUGGCUUGAUUGUUGUUUUAGUCCAAUAUGGUGGAUUUUUUCCAGUUACUUUACACUAUUCUUUAACUGUUACAUUUCUCAUUGCAAACCCUGCCUAAAGGUUUCCAUUUAUUUUCAAAUUCAAAUGCUCCUUGCAGGUAAUGAUAUGUUCAAGUUUCCCUUAGAAGUCUGAAAGUGCAUAGGUAACCCCUUUCACUCUUUGAAUGACCUAAAAUACAUUUCUCCUUAUAAUAUUGGUGGACUGGCAAGCAGUCAGGUGGUGAGAAGAUUGAAAAAUAUCAACUAAAGGGAUAGUGCUUGAAUAAACACCAUAUUCGCAAAAGUAAGAUUUUCAUAAAUGUAUGGCAGACAUU